CAGACAAAUGGGGGUAUGAGGAGAGAGUCAAUCAUGGCUGCUUCCUUGGUACAAUGGCUAAACAAAUUGUACGUUUUCUUGUUGAUAUGUCCCCUCUGUGUCCCAGCCUUCUUGAAUUUAGAAGAGCUGAAUGAGAUGAAAUAUGGGAUUCAAAUUCUUCCCGAUCCCGUCAUGUUGGGCCAGACUAAGGCAGAGGAGGUUAUGAUGGUGUCCAGUAAGUACAAGCAGCUGUAUGAAUGUCGACUUCCAGCCCAGGCCGUCCGGUUUCAUCAGGACCCUGCCUCUGAACCUGACUCACAAGGGUACACCGGGCCUGACAUCCCAGACCUACUCAGUCCAAUGCACAAUGCCCAAUGUCUAGUGAAGACGAAGGACUGGUGGACGUAUGAGUUCUGUCAUGGUCAGCACAUCAGACAGUACCACCUUGAAGACACAGAAAUCAAAGGGGAAAUUCUCUUCCUAGGUCAUUAUGAAUCUGAAUUUGAUUGGAGCAAUGAAACCGCAAAGGCCUCCAAACAGCACAGGCUGAAGCGCUACCACAGUCAGACCUAUGUAAAUGGCUCAAAGUGUGACCUGAAUGGGAAUCCCAGAGAGACUGAAGUCCGGUUUGUGUGUGAAGAAGGCUCGGGUGACUAUAUCGUCCGAGUGGAUGAGCCUCAGUCGUGCCGCUAUGUGCUGACAGUUCACACCAGUCGUACCUGCCAGCAUCCAUUCCUGCGGCCUCCAUCCACUGCCAAGCCCCAGAGUAUCGUGUGCCAGCCAGCACUAAGUGCCCAACAGUACAUGGAUUACGUCAAGGCUCAAGUCUCGGACACAAAGCGUAAAGUAGAGCAGAUCUCAGAGGAGCUGAGGAGUCUUGAUGAGAUGCUGGCUGGUAAUGAAGGGGCAGAUGGAGCAGUGGAAGUAACCGCAGAAGAGACAUCACCUGCACCCAGUGAUGACCUAUACCAGGCAGACAAAGAAGACACUGCUGAUUUAUCUGAGGACGCCGGGUCAGAGGAGGCAGAAGAUUCUGACUUCUGGGAGGGAGUUACAAAGCCAGGGAGUUCAAAAACAACUGCUUCUCAAAGGGAGCAUGAGGCAGCAGAUGACGGCUAUAACUCAUUUACAGACAAUGAAGUCAUAGAUGAUGGCGAUGAAGUUGAAAAAUUCAACUUUAAAAUCAUCACUGACCCAGCAGACCUGAUGAAAUUUGUCCAACAUCUCAAAGAGAGUAACAGGAAGAAAGCACAAAACCAAGCCAAAAGUCGAGAAGAGAAACCGGCAAAGAGCGGCAGCGUAACGGAGAAGCUAGGCGAGGAAGAGAAAGAUGAAGAUGAACGCCUGCUGCAGGAGUUUGAGGAUGAGAUGUCCGACCUCUCAGUGCCCUCUGAUAAGAUUGAAGAGAUAAAGGAGGAAAUGCAGAAGGAGUUUGACAACAUCAUACAUGAGGCUCAGCAGGAGUUAGAGACAGAAGGUCUAAAAGGGGAGUUUGAUCGCACCCAGGCAACACAGACACUGGAGACGACGCUGGACAAGCUUCUUGAUCAUUUGGAGGAUAAAGACAUGCAGGAUCCAGAGCAGCAAACAGCUGGAGUUCAAAGAGCCAGUGACCCCACCAGGGGCAGCCCCAGCCUGGCUCCGAAGCAGCCAGACCAAGCGGCUGACGACCAUGUUAAGAUCAAAAUUACUAAGUAUAAGACGGGCAGCAGCCCUGAUGGGGAGGUCAAAGUUCAGGAGAUGGGCGAAGGAGACCCCCAGUGGCAGCACAUAAAGGACGUGGUUAAAGAACAGCUAGAGAAAGCAGGACUGAAGGCAGAAGGUAAAAUUGAGGUGAAGAUCUUGACAAGGAAAAAUGCAGAGGAGACAGGUGAUCAGUGGCUGACUGAAGAAGAUACAAAGUCCUUCAGGGAGCUCCUCAUAAAUCUCCUGACUGGAGGCACAGAAGAGGUUUACAAAGAGCAAAAGAGGCAGCAGGAGUUGGAGAACAACUAUAGGUUUGUGUGGGGAGAGUCCCAGGAGGAGUCGCAGUCAACCAGCACCUCUGACUCGGACGACGUGGACAUAUGAGCUCAUUCAGUGCACCUUUUGUGAAGGUGAACUCCUGUGGAGAACAGCAGGGAGGGGGACUCUGAAGUACUGCCGCAAAUUUGAAAGAGAGCCCGAAGGAUUAAAUGACUGCUAUUAAACCUGGCGGAUAAUGUCAACUCGCCUGUUUGCACAUUCAGAAAUGUGUCUGUGUGUCUUGAAUAGGCAAUAUGUGUCUGUAGUAGGCACCAGUUAUAUGUUGCACGAUGAAACUGCAACGUCUCAGCUGUACUUGUUCAGUUGAAUGAAGUUAUGCAUUUUCCCCUUUUUGAUGGGAUUCAGUUUUGAUAGAUGGUGAUGUACAGUAUGUACCCUUUUUUUUUUUUUUUUUUUUUAAGAAAUAUGUCAGUUAAUUUUACUGAAUAUUUGCAUCUAGUUCUGAAGUUGUCAGCAGCACACUGUGUCCAUAGUUGAAGUAUUACUUGCCUUUGGUUUCUAAGUUGCUAUUGACAAAGAAGUCCUUACCUUUUAAGUGACUCAGGCGGGGGGGAAUUGUGCAUGCCUCAACAAACUGGUGGAAUGUUUGCACAGGCUGUUCAUUUCAUUAUUUACUGAUUGUGUCUGAAUAUGAAAAAAAGGACAAAUACUCGAGUUCACAGUUCAGUUCUCACUUUUCUUUGAAACUUUCUGUUGCUGCGUUUGGGUGAUUAGAUUAAACAAAAGUGUAGAUUACAGAAAUGUUUGUACACAUGCCAUGGCACUUUAUAUCUUUAGAAAAAGGUUCUGCAAUGAAAAGGUUUUUCUUUUGGGUUGUCAUGGGAUUCAAAAUAAAAAAAAACCCUAAAAGGAGUGUCGGAAGAUCAGAUGUUAUAAGUGUGUACUUUUAAUUUCUGACAAGAAUUACAUUUAAUAAAGGAAAACCAAGAAUGCUA